GAGCUCGGAGAUGUGCACGCGAUGGGACUUCUUGGCGAACUGUACCGCGAGGGGUGGGGCGUCAAGCUGGACAAGAAGAAGGCGGAGCGGCUGUAUCGCAUGGGCGCGGCCCGGGGCGACGCGUUCUCGCAGAGCAGUUUAGCGUUUUUACUUGAUUCUCAGGAGGAAUUUGAAGAAGCAUUCCGAUACUACGCGCUCGCGGCGGAUCAAGGCUAUGCCUGUGGAGAGACUUGCCUUGGCUGUUGUUACAGGCGCGGAGAAGGCACAGAAGUCGACCUCGGCAAAGCCAGAUACUGGUUCGCGCGCGCCGCUGCCAAGGGCCACGAGGCAGCUAUAGAGGCCCUCGCGGAACUCGACGCGCGAGGAGGGUUGGGCGUCAAGCUGGACAAGAAGAAGGCGGAGCGGCUGUUUCGAAUGGCCGCGGAUCGGGGCGAAGCGACCGCGCAAAACAAUUUAGGGUCUUUACUUUACUCUGAAGAGAAACAUGAAGAAGCGUUCCGGUACUUCGCGCUCGCGGCGGAUCAAGGCUAUACCUAUGCGGAGAAUAGCCUUGGCUGCUGUUACAUGGACGGAGCAGGCACGGAAGUCGACCUCGGCAAAGCCAGGUACUGGUUCGAGCGCGCCGCUGCCAAGGGCAACGAGCAUGCUAUAGCGAACCUCGCGCGCCUCGACGAGCGAGCUGGAAGUGGCGUCAAGCUGGACAAGAAGAAGGCAGAGCGGCUGUUUCGCAUGGCCGCAGAUCGGGGCUCCGCGGCUGGGCAAAACAGGUUAGGGUUUUUACUUGAUGCUGAGAAGAAAUUUGACGAAGCUUUCCGGUACUACGCGCUCGCGGCGGAUCAAGGCUAUACCCCUGGAGAGUUCAACCUUGGCCUUUGUUACAGCCGCGGAGAAGGCACGGAGGUCGACCUCGGCAAAGCCAAAUACUGGUUCGAGCGCGCCGCUGCCAAGGGCCACGAGGAUGCUAUACACAACCUCGCGCACCUCGACGCGCGAGGACUUGACAAGAAGAAGGCGGAGCGGCUGUAUCGCACGGCCGCAGACCGGGGCGAAGCGUUCGCGCAAAUCAAUUUAGGGAUUCUACUUGUUUCUGAAGAGAGAUUUGAAGAAGCGUUCCGGUACUACGCGCUCGCGGCGGAUCAAGGCCUUACCGUUGGAGAGUUCAACUUUGGCUGCUGUCACAGGGACGGAGAAGGCACGGAAGUCGAACUCGGCAAAGCCAGAUGCUGGUUCGAGCGCGCCGCUGCCAAGGGCGACAAGCGAGCUAUA